AUGGGUGUCAGUAUUUGGUUAUUUUUUUCCAUUUUUCUGUUGAAUGGAAUAUUUGUUGUUGUUACACUUGCAUCAACCAGUGAAGCCCAUUUCCAUGAAGUUGCAGUUUCUUUACUCGCGGUCAGGAGAAGAGCACGUCCUAUAAUGACUCCGCCUCCUCCUAAGCCUCAUACUCCUCUUUAUUUCAAGCGCCCACCAUCACUUCUUCCACCGCUACCGCCACCGCCUCCACUGCUUCCACUGCUACCACCACCACCUCUUGAUUCCCAGCCACCUGUAUCUUAUUAUUCACCGCCUCUUUAUCGUCCGAGAUAUUUAAUACCACCACCACCGUACGGUUGA